AUGGGUGACUACAAGCCAAGCACAGCCGAGACAUCCACUGCUACACCACUAGCAAAAGAAAUCCAGAAUGAACCUCCGACCGACCAAAGCGGUGUUCUCUACCGACAGCUUCGCCAGCCACCACUCAACAUCGUGAAAGCUCGAGGAAACUACCUGAUCACCGACACUGGUUUAGAAAUUUUCGACGCGACCUGUGGCGCCGCCGUAUCUUGUCUUGGCCACAAUGAUCAACGCGUCCACGAGGCUAUCCAAGAACAAUUACAAAAGGUUUCCUACUGUUACUCCUUAUACUUCACCAAUAGCGCUAUGGAGAACCUCUGCAAAUUCCUAGUUGAUUCAACAGGAGGGAAGAUGUCUCGAGCCUAUAUUGUGGCCUCCGGCACUGAAGCUGUCGAGGCGUCUCUUAAGAUGGCAGUUCAAUACUUCAUGGAAAUCCCCACACCCCAACCUCAGCGCGUCAACUUUAUUGCCCGAAAACAGUCCUACCACGGUAACACGCUCGGAUCUCUUUCUGUUGGUCACCAUGUUGGUCGCAGAGCCAUUUACGAGAAAAUUCUGGCGAAGAACGUCUCUCACGUAUCGCAAUGCUAUCCAUAUCGAGAUAUGAAAUCCAAUGAGACUGUUGAGCAGUAUGUUGGCAGACUUGCUCAAGAACUGGAGGAUGAGUUUCAAAGACUCGGACCUGAUACGGUUUGCGCCUUUGUAGCAGAGACAAUGUCAGGGGCGACACUCGGAUGCAUGCCUGCUCUUUCUGGUUACCUCAAGGCCAUGAAAGAGGUGUGCGAGCGCCAUGGAGCGCUACUAAUUCUAGAUGAAGUGAUGUCAGGCAUGGGUCGAACUGGAACGCUCCACGCUUGGGAGCAGGAAGAUGUCGUUCCAGACCUGCAAACCAUUGCCAAGGGCCUUGGUGGUGGUUACGCUCCUAUCGCAGGUCUUCUUCUUAAUAAGCAUGUUGUCGACACUCUGACCAAAGGAACUGGGUCUUUCGUUCACAGUCAAACCUAUCAAGGUCACCCUGUCUCCUGUGCGGCAGCAUACCGUGUGCAGAAGAUUAUUCAAGAGGACAACCUCCUUCCUAAUGUCCGUGAGAUGGGCACCUAUCUAGGAGAGCGCCUGCACGAGAAGCUCGAUAGCCACCCGCAUGUUGGUGACAUCCGAGGUCGAGGACUCUUCUGGGCAAUCGAGUUUGUGCAAGAUAAGAAAACCAAAGAGACUUAUCCGCCGUCUCAGGGAAUUUCGUGGACGGUUCAUACAACUGGCCUGAAGCCAGAACAUGCGAUCUCUCUGAUCCCUGGCAAUGGAGGAGCAGAUGGAAUCAAUGGUGACCAUGUCUGUCUGGCUCCGGCUUACAAUAUUACGCGGGCGGAGAUUGACUUAAUCGUGGAUCGUGUCACAGCAGUUGUCAAUGAUGCUCUAGGACAUUGA